AUGAGGAUAAUCACAUGGAACGUCAAUGCGCUCCGAACGGUCCUACCGUAUCAUCCAUGGACGGAGCUCACGAACAAGUCGAUCGGGGGGAUGUUGGAUGCCAUGGACGCAGAGAUCAUCUGUUUUCAAGAGCACAAGGGCAGACGAGAUAACAUGGACAAACCCACCGCCGUGCCUCCACAUUUUGACGCCUUCUUCUCCUUCCCGCACGGCAAGGGCGGGUAUAGCGGUACCUGCACCUACGUCAAAUCGUCCUACGCCGUCCCCCUGAAAGCAGAAGAAGGGAUCACUGGAAAGCUCCUCAAGACGCCCGGUGGGAACUCGGCGUUGAGCAAGCUGGUCUACGAGGAUAGGGAGAUGAUUGGGGCGUAUGUCGGGGAGGACGAGGUCGAGGUGAGGGAUAAUACGGAUGGGACGGUCUUCGACGUGAAGAGGUUGGAUAUGGAGGGCAGAGCCGUCGUUCUCGACUUUGGCUUCUUUGUGAUCUUCAACCUCUACUGCCCGAACGAGACCAACGACACCCGACUCCCUUACAAGCUCAACUUCUUGCAUCACCUCGAAGCCCGCGUCACUGCCCUCCUGCGGCAGGGGCGCAACGUGAUCGUCCUCGGCGACAUCAACGUCUGCCAUCGACCGCUCGACAACGGGGAAGGUGGGAUUCAGAGGAACGCAGAGGAGCACUUCAAUCAUCCGGCUAGAAAGUGGUUUGAUCGGUGGGUAGCGCCAAAUGGGAUCAUGCAUGACGUCACGAGGGAAGCUUGGCCGGAGAGGAAGGGGAUGUUUACAUGCUGGAACACGAAACUCGAUGCCAGACCAUCAAACUACGGUGCCCGAAUCGACUAUAUCCUCGUCUCCGAAGGUCUUAUGCCCUGGAUCAAACACUCUGACAUCCAAGCAGACGUUUUCGGCUCGGAUCAUUGCCCGGUGUACGUCGACCUGCAUGAGACCAUCGUUGAUUCUGAGGGCGAGACGUUACACCUACGUGACUUGAUGAACGCCGGCGAACGAAUACCCCUACCCGCCUCACUCGAAACGCUGAAGGACGAGUCCAGAGAAGCGCCCGAACCACCUCCGUUUGCUACCAAGUGGUGGGAUGAGUUUUCGGGCAAACAGAGGAGUUUGAUGAGCUUCUUUGGGAAAAAGGCUGAUGGGCCCAGGGAAAGGUCGGUCUCCGCUACUGACACGGCACGACCCCCGGGCACGCCAUCAAUCAUCGUGGAAGACAAAGAGUCAAAACCUGGAUUAUUACCGCCCAUCAUGAUACCGUCUUCAAGUGCCAUACCGUUGACGAUCGAUUCCGAUGCGGAAGAGGUCACGAUGUCGCCGGCCAAACCGAUAAUCCAGUCUACGACAGACGAAGAACCGAUCGAAAUCGGAUCCAGCCCGAUCGAGGCUAGUCCGGUAUACAAGAAGAUGAAGACGUCACCUGUCGCAACACAGAGUUACAAAGGGAGUCAAGGCAACAAGGCGAGCAAAAGCAAACAAAAGGAAAUUGAACCGGCGAGCCAGACCAAGCUUUCUAGCUUCUUCCGACAACCUUCCGCUUCGCCCUCAAGCUCGACAUCGAAACCCACACGCAAGUCGCACAAACGGACCGACUCGCGCUCGUCGACCGGGGUCAAAGCCGAACACGAACUGAUAGAGAUCGAUGAUGAUCUGGAGAUCGCGCAUGCGUCUAUGAACGGCAGUGGGGAAAACAAGGUGCUCACCGAGCAGGAGCAAGCUGAAGCGGUCAAGAGUUGGGGAAGUAUAUUCGCAAAAAAAGUUCCUCCGAGAUGUAUUGUCCACGACGUCCCGUGCAAAUCGUUUAUAUCAAAAGUCACGGGAAGCAAAGGCAAGAAGUUCUGGCUGUGUUCCAAGCCUGUUGGCGAAGGAUGGGACAACGGGAGAUCCAAACGGCCCCGGAACGAGGUUAAUCAUCAGUUCCGAUGCGAUUUCUUCAUCUGGGACUCUGCUGUGAAACAGAAAGAACAGCCAAGCGAGACUGACACAAUGGACCAGGAUGAGAAAUCGAAGAAAAAGCCGAAGGCUUGA